CAGCAAGAGAAGAUGCUGAGGAUGCGGACCAUGGGAUGGGCGCGCGGCUGGUGCCUGGGCUGCUGUCUCCUCUUGCCGCUGUCGCUCAGCCUGGCGGCCGCCAAGCAACUCCUCCGGUACCGACUGGCCGAGGAGGGCCCAGCAGACGUUCGCAUCGGCAACGUCGCCUCCGACUUAGGCAUCGUGACCGGCUCGGGUGAGGUGACUUUCAGCCUCGAGUCGGGCUCCGAGUACCUGAAGAUCGACAACCUCACGGGCGAGCUGAGCACGAGCGAGCGGCGCAUCGACCGCGAGAAGCUGCCCCAGUGUCAGAUGAUCUUCGACGAGAACGAGUGCUUCCUGGACUUCGAGGUGUCGGUGAUCGGGCCCUCGCAGAGCUGGGUGGACCUGUUCGAGGGUCGGGUCAUCGUGCUCGACAUCAACGACAACACGCCCACCUUCCCGUCGCCGGUGCUCACGCUCACGGUGGAGGAGAACCGGCCGGUGGGCACACUCUACCUGCUGCCCACAGCCACCGACCGUGACUUCGGCCGCAACGGCAUCGAGCGCUACGAGCUGCUCCAGGAGCCCGGGGGCGGCGGCGGCGGCGGCGGCGGCGAGGGCCGGCGCGCCGGGGCUGCCGACAGCGCCCCCUACCCCGGGGGCGGCGGGAACGGCGCGAGCGGCGGCGGCCCCGGGGGUUCCAAGAGGCGGCUGGACGCGCCAGAGGGCGGUGGCGGGGCGAACCCCGGGGGCCGCAGCAGCGUGUUCGAACUGCAGGUGGCCGACACCCCGGAUGGCGAGAAGCAGCCGCAGCUGAUCGUGAAGGGGGCGCUGGACCGCGAGCAGCGCGACUCCUAUGAGCUGACCCUGCGGGUGCGCGACGGGGGCGACCCGCCUCGCUCCUCUCAGGCUAUCCUGCGGGUGCUCAUCACCGACGUGAACGACAACAGCCCCCGCUUCGAGAAGAGCGUGUACGAGGCGGACCUGGCCGAGAACAGCGCCCCUGGGACCCCCAUCCUGCAGCUGCGUGCCGCCGACUUGGACGUGGGGGUCAACGGGCAGAUCGAGUACGUGUUCGGGGCGGCUACCGAGUCAGUGCGGCGGCUGCUGCGCCUCGACGAGACGUCAGGCUGGCUCAGUGUCCUGCACCGUAUCGACCGCGAGGAGGUGAACCAGCUGCGCUUCACGGUCAUGGCCCGCGAUCGCGGGCAGCCCCCCAAGACCGACAAGGCCACCGUGGUCCUCAACAUCAAGGACGAGAACGACAACGUGCCAUCCAUUGAAAUCCGCAAGAUCGGGCGUAUCCCGCUCAAGGAUGGGGUGGCCAACGUGGCCGAGGACGUUCUGGUCGACACUCCCAUCGCCCUGGUGCAGGUGUCAGACCGAGACCAAGGCGAGAACGGGGUGGUCACCUGCACCGUGGUGGGCGACGUGCCCUUCCAGCUCAAGCCAGCCAGCGACACAGAGGGCGACCAGAACAAGAAAAAGUACUUCCUGCACACCUCGGCCCCUCUGGACUAUGAGACCACCCGGGAGUUCAACGUGGUCAUAGUGGCAGUGGACUCGGGCAGCCCCAGCCUCUCCAGCAACAACUCUCUGGUUGUGAAGGUGGGAGACACUAACGACAACCCUCCCGUCUUUGGCCAGUCAGUGGUGGAGGUUUACUUUCCCGAGAACAACAUUCCUGGCGAAAGGGUGGCCACUGUGCUGGCGACAGACGCUGACAGCGGGAAGAAUGCGGAGAUUGCCUACUCGCUGGAGUCCUCUGUAAUGGGGAUCUUUGCCAUUGAUCCCGAUUCUGGGGACAUCCUCGUCAAUACGGUGCUGGACCGCGAGCAGACUGACAGGUAUGAGUUUAAAGUUAAUGCCAAAGACAAAGGCAUCCCUGUGCUGCAGGGCAGCACCACGGUGAUUGUGCAGGUGGCUGACAAGAAUGACAAUGACCCUAAGUUUAUGCAGGACGUCUUUACCUUUUAUGUGAAAGAGAACUUGCAGCCCAACAGCCCGGUGGGGAUGGUGACGGUGAUGGAUGCUGACAAGGGGCGCAAUGCGGAGAUGAGCCUGUACAUAGAGGAGAACAGUAACAUUUUUUCUAUUGAAAAUGACACAGGGACCAUUUACUCCACGAUGUCUUUUGACCGGGAACAUCAGACCACAUAUACAUUCAGAGUCAAGGCUGUGGACGGGGGAGAUCCUCCCAGAUCUGCCACAGCCACAGUCUCUCUCUUUGUGAUGGAUGAGAAUGACAAUGCUCCUACAGUUACCCUUCCCAGAAACAUUUCCUACACUUUACUGCCACCUUCAAGUAAUGUCAGGACAGUAGUAGCUACAGUGUUGGCAACAGACAGUGAUGAUGGCAUCAAUGCAGACCUUAACUACAGCAUUGUGGGAGGGAAUCCCUUCAAGCUGUUUGAGAUUGAUUCCACCAGUGGUGUGGUUUCCUUAGUGGGAAAACUCACCCAUAAGCAUUAUGGCUUGCACAGGUUGGUGGUGCAAGUGAAUGACAGUGGGCAGCCUUCCCAGUCCACCACGACUCUGGUGCAUGUGUUUGUCAAUGAAAGUGUUUCUAAUGCAACUGUGAUUGACUCUCAGAUAGCUAGAAGUUUGCACACCCCACUCACCCAGGAUAUAGCUGGUGACCCAAGCUACGAAAUUAGCAAACAGAGACUCAGUAUUGUCAUUGGGGUUGUUGCUGGAAUUAUGACAGUGAUUCUAAUCAUCUUAAUUGUGGUGAUGGCAAGGUACUGCCGGUCCAAAAAUAAAAAUGGCUACGAAGCUGGCAAAAAAGAUCACGAAGACUUUUUUACACCCCAACAGCAUGACAAAUCUAAAAAGCCUAAAAAGGACAAGAAAAACAAAAAAUCUAAGCAGCCCCUCUACAGCAGCAUUGUCACUGUAGAAGCUUCUAAACCAAAUGGACAGAGGUAUGAUAGUGUCAAUGAGAAGCUGUCAGACAGCCCGAGCAUGGGGCGAUACCGAUCGGUUAACGGUGGGCCUGGCAGUCCUGACCUGGCCAGGCAUUACAAAUCUAGUUCCCCAUUGCCUACUGUCCAGCUUCACCCCCAAUCACCAACUGCAGGAAAAAAACACCAGGCCGUACAAGAUCUACCACCAGCCAACACAUUUGUGGGAGCAGGAGACAACAUUUCAAUUGGAUCAGAUCACUGCUCUGAGUACAGCUGUCAAACCAAUAACAAGUACAGCAAACAGCCAUUUCGUAGAGUGACGUUUUCUGUUGUGAGUCAGCCUCAGGACCCACAUCAGGGGUCACUGCAGAGUUGCUAUGACAGCGGGCUGGAGGAGUCAGAAACACCAAGCAGUAAGAGUUCAUCAGGGCCAAGACUGGGUGCCCUUCCACUCCCAGAGGACAACUAUGAAAGGACCACGCCGGAUGGCAGUGUUGGUGAGGCAGAGCAUAUGGAAAAUGAACAACCCUAUGAGACAGAGUUGAGUAACUUGCUCAAGGUUAUCAUCGAUUCAAGACCUCUUCCAGAUGUAGCUCUGACUGGGAAGUGUACCCGUGAGUGUGACGAAUAUGGCCACUCAGACUCCUGCUGGAUGCCAGUCCGCACUUCUCCAGAAAGGAAGAAGAGCCAGCCCAAACUCUCCACUUUCAUGCCUGUUGAUGAACGAGGAAGCCAGGAAAAGCUGGCCAAUGGCGAGGCCGCCAUCAUGGGUGACCGCAACAGAAACCUCCUGAACAAAAAGUUGACCUCAUCCUAUGAGACCUUCAGUGCAGCUAGUUUCAGCAAAAAUGAGGAAGCCAACCCUGAGGAUAUUCCCCUGACAAAAACAGGGGAAUACAAGCCAUCUCCUGUCAAUACUCUCACUAGAAGAGAAGUUUACCUGUAGGCUAUAAAGGAGCAACAGCAAAGUUCUUUUCAUGUAUGAGAAGGAGAAUAAGGGGCAAAAAACCUUACAAAACAAAACCAUUUAAUCAAAAGAGGGGGCUACCAAAGAGACAAAGCCUUGCCUGCCACUUCUGCCUCCAGAUCAGGCCUUUAGUAAUACUGUUAGCCUGAUUGUAAUGUACAAUGUAGAAACCAUCCUUGUUACUUGCAUGUCGAACCCCCUCACUGAUCCCAACACACGCUCUCCCUCUUCCCCACCUCUCCAAAAAAAAAAAAAAACAGAUGGUUGCAAGUUUCUUUCAUGGUAACAAGCCUGAUGAGCAGAACACAACACACUUUCAUUAUCCCCAAGCUGAAGCAUGAUUUUAGUCACGGAUUUAGUUCGAAAGUCAUCUGGCUGGUCAAAAAAAAGCAGAUCAGGUAAAAUAUAUUUCAGACAUAAGAAUAUGAUUAAUCACCAUGAAAAGCAAUCCCUCAAAAAUGAUAGAGUCACUCUAAAGGUAGAGUCCGCAUAAAGGGGGACUGUAUAAGAAGCAUUUUGGGAAGAUCACAGCUUUAAUACUCUCACAAAGACAGAGCUAAACAAUGCCCAGUUGGAGAUUGCAUUCCCAAAUUGGCUUGUUGUUGUUUUCAAGUCAGGAGCAUCCACUUCAAUUCUAUAUGUUCAUUGAAUAUCCUUAGUAUACACCCAAUAUUGACCACAUGUAUCAAUUACACUGAUUAUAACUUGUAAAAAUUAUACAUAUUUUUCAGAACAGCAUCACUAUUGUGCUGGAACAAUUGUGUCAUUAAAAGGCCAAAGAUCCUCCGGCAGAUCAGGGAAAUUAAGAAGUAUAUUUGGUCUUGAUGUGGAAACCCAUUAAGCAACAAAAACAACUGAACCCAUGCACGCACAGAAACACUCAGAUGCUAGUUUAUUUUACAUUGUCUCUAUACUCAGAAAAUAUACAUUUUCUUUUAAAAUGGAUUUUCUUUGAAAGCUCAGAAAAUGAAGAACUAAUGAGAUGUAUUUUUGGUAUUAUAAUAGGCAAUUAGUUAAGGUUCAAGUUUAGUUUCAAAAAAUAUUAUCAGGGAAGAUUCCACUUUUUAAAUCAUAUUUGUGGGUAGGUAGGGAAAGAAAAAUACAUUGGCACACAAUCUUAUAAGUUAAGUCCACUAUUGUCAUUUUAGAAUUCCAGGUUAUGCUUCGUGGUCUUAUUAUCUACAUUCCAAAUUACCAAUUGCAUUUUUACAUGUUCAAUGCACACUUUCCCAUAACACAAGUGCAUUAGUUUUGAAUCCUGUGCAAUAGAGCACUAUUUCGAGACUCACAACAUUGAAACAAGGUGACACCUUAAUUGACUUUGUCACUAAUAUGAUUCAAACGUUAUUUAUUAUAUGUCUUAAAACAAAUCCAGACUGAACAUGAAAGAAAUGAGAUCGGGGCAGUGACGUGUCUCAUAAUGUACAUCUCAAAGUUUGAAAAUAUGCCGUUUUUUAGUGUAAUAAAAAUAAACAGAAUAGGAAGAUUUUGAGUCACUUGCUCUGUAGAGGAUGAUUUAAUACAGUUGGAACUUGAGCUGGGACAUUCAGACAAAAGUGACAAUCCAGGGACAGAAUAGGGGAUAACAGGUGAAGAGAGCAAGUGUUCCAAUCACUGAAUGUUUGUAACCUGGUCAUAGCCUUGAUGGCUCUCUAGCAAACUGUAGAAACAAUGUAGCUUUGGGUAGUUUCAUGCUUCGCAGAAUUUCUUAGACUUUAAGGUGAAGCAGCCUGGGAUAUAGGUUGUUAAUUCACUAUAGGUUGUCAAAAUGCUUAUCUUUGAAAACCACUUCUCUGUUUGGUGGGGUACUCUUUUGGGGUCAUUUCCUUAGGCUCUUCCUUAAAUGGAGUUUUCAUUUUGAUGUUAGUUUAUGUAUAAUAGUUAGGCUGAAAGACGAUAUGUAAUUGAAACAAAAACAUUGGACUAAAAUGUCAAUAAUUGAACAUGUUUAUGUUUGAUUAUUAUUUACAUUAUGGAAAGAUGCAAUUCUAGUACUUUGUUAGGAAACUGCAUUAAAGCAGUUCUGCCUUGUAUAAUCUGUAAGUACCUAUUAAGACAAAAUACUUCUAAAGAUACUUAUGAAAUGUAUACAUAUUUUUUCUUGCACGUUACAAAGGAAAUACUCAAUUGCAUAACACAGGUGUUCAACAAACUUUUUUAAAUUCAUUUUUUUCUUUAUUUUCAUGAGACACUUGAAACCAUUAGAUAGCUCCUUUCACUCUAUCUUAAAAUCCUUCUGUUGUCUAUAAAGCUAAUACGGGUCAUACCGGACCUUCGGAUUAAUUGGACCUACAUUCCCCAAGGAUGUUUGCAACACAUUCAAGAUAGCCAUGUCAUUGUCAUUUAACUUGUGAGCCUCUCUUUAGAACUAAAAUGGGUGUGAAAGAAUAAAAUUCAGUGUACUGUAAGUAUUCACAGUAAUUCUAGUAGAAUUAGCUAUCAUAACAUGUUUAUUAUAUAAUGAGCUGGCAUGACACAGAAAUAUAUUUUGUGUUUGUAUGACUUUUAUUUUGAAUAGGUUAAAUCUGGUGCCACUCCAUAUAUAGAGUGCUUUUGAAAAAAAUCAAUAAAAAGAAACAAAAAAAAUAAAUGAGUGAAUGCAAAAUAAGCAACUGUGCCUUUUAUACCUGUUGUUAUGGUAAAAAAACGGUUGUUGGGUUUGGACAAUGAGGGGAAAUGGGCUAGUCCCAACUUUUUUGAUCCUGUAUAUUUAUCCAUGUUUAUUUUCUGAAAAUAAUAAAUAAUAUAUUAAAAAUUUGCCUUCUGACAAACUCAGAUAAUGGACCAGUCUUAAAUAUCAUUCAUUCAUGAAACAAAAUUAAGGCAUUAAUAUGGGCUGCUUAAUUCUGACUAGAAGGCUAAAGCAUUUAUUAUAACAAUAACACAGAGAGAUAUUAUCAGGGGUGAAAUCUGUCCAUUUUGCAAGGUAAAAUAUUGAUUUAGACUUUCUAUUCUUUCUUUUUUUGUUAUUUUUCUUUUCACUGCGGUUUCAUUUUGGUUGUACAGUAUAUAAACCAUACUUGUUUUCUGUACGCAGAAUCUCAAGUGAACUUUGCAUGCAUUAUACAUUAGGACACAUUUAUAAAUUAAUGAGUAACUAUAUAAAUUUAUGUGUAUCACAAUGUCUGUAGCUUCAGUCUAAAAUCUAAUGCUCAUUCUGAACCUUCAGAUAUCAUUUUUGUAUGGUUUCUGACUGGCCUGCUGCCUGAGUUUCAGAAAACAAGGGAGGCAUUAUUUUUAUGGAAAGAGAAACUAAGAUGGUACUGAAGAUGUCUGGCUGAAAGGCUACCCUAGGAAGCUGUAUUAUUGGAAAAUAAAAUAAAACGCACAGAUCAGAAGAAACUGCCAAGAAUCAAACAGCCAUCCUAAAACAGGCAUGAGAAAUAUGAAGACCUAAGUAGUUUUCGAUAAAUUUUAAUCAGUGAUAAAUAUACAAUGUGUCCUUAAGGAAAAAAAAAAAAGAGUGAAGAUGAUCAAGAGUAUUGUAAAGCUUGUUAGUUGUGACCCAGGCAGAGGUAUAUAUAACAUCUGGAGAAAGGCAUCAUUUUUUCAGCUACCUAGGGUUUACUUUCAGAUAACUUUUCCUACAUUUUAAAGCACUUGCAUACAGUGUGGUACGAUCUGUUUGUAAUGUUAAUCAUUGACUAUUGUUCUGCUACUUGGAUGUUGAUAGUGAAGCAGAGAACAAUUUAUCAUCAUUUAUUAUGAGUCACUAUGCACGCAACUAUGCUAAACAUGGCGAAAUGUAUUAAACACUCGUCCAACUAUUUAUGAAAUACUUUACAUAAUUUAAUUUGCUUUUGUACAGUUUUAUGUAAAUAAAUUGCUUGUCAUUUUUGUCUCUGCAAAUUAAAAUAUAACAUGGUCA